CACGGGAUGCGGACCCAGCCUCUGCUGUGUAAAGGGGAGGGGGGCUUUUUGGCACCCCCAUCAGGAAACCGGGCAAGACCCACCUGUUGAUUGCUGACAUUUUAAGAGUUUUCUGUCGUCUGCCAGCAUCUUUGGGAAAUCACCCAAGGAUGAAAAUGGAGGUACAGGACACUUCCCGAUGGGAGGUAUCAGCUGGAGCAGAGAAAACCUUUCGUGUCCCACAAAGUCACAAACCCAGGAUGGAAUGGGAAGGAGGAAGGAAGCCUUCUGAGGCAAGGCGGUCCGAAAGUACUGUGGGAUCUCUCAGUCGGGCAACUCUGUAUCAGGUGAAGGAGGAACCAGAAGAGGGUUUGGCCCUGCGCUGGGAAGCCCAGUGGCAAGAGUUCCUGAGGAAUGUGGAGCCCCCUCACUCGGUGUGGGGUGGCCCACCAUUGGCAGGGCAGCCUACCACCCCAUGGGAUGACACCAAGGCCUUCCUGGCCUCCUUUGAGCAAGUGGCCAAAGCCUGCCGGUGGCCCAAGGACGAAUGGGUAGCCCGGCUCCUGCCGGCUCUCAGCGGGGAAGCCAAGCAGGUCUUUGGCAGGCUGGAUGCCAGAGACAGAGAGGACUAUGGGAAGGUCAAGGCAGCCAUUUUGCGAGGGGACGCCAUGAGGAGAGAGAAGAUGCGUCAGUAUUUCAGGCGUUUCUGCUACCAGGAGACGGAGGGCCCAAGAGGGGCUUAUAGCCACCUCCAGGAAUUUUGCCAUGGGUGGCUAAGAGCAGAGAAACACUCCAAGGAACAGAUCCUCGAGUUCUUGAUCUUGGAGCAGUUCCUGAGCAUCCUUCCACCAGAGGUCCAGAGCUGGGUGAGAGAAAAUGGCCCUGAGACCUGCUCCCAAGCGGUGGCCCUGGCUGAGGACUUCCUGCAGAGGCAGGAAGAGGCUGAGAGACAGGAAAACCAGGUGGCGUUGGAAGAGGGAGCUGCAAGCUCCUCCGAGGCAAGCCAGGCCUCAGAGCAGCAGUUGGCCACAGAAACUAAGCAGGAAGACGACGGGGAUGGCCCUAUGUUGGCAGCCCAGGAGUGGAUGGCCGUAGAGGAUGCCGUCAAUCAAGAAGAGCCAGGAGGCUCAGAAGCGGUGGGACCCCAUGGGAUGUCUGUGUGGAAAAUAGAAGGUGACGUUUCCCGCUAUUGUUGGCAGGAAAAUGCCUUGGCAAGUCAGGAACAACCACACGGUCAACAGGAGACCCACCCGGCGGAAGCAGCAGAGGAAUCCAUUCCUUGCUGGGGCCGUGACCUGGCUGCCACUGAGAACAUAGUUCAGACGAGAAUUGACUCUGCAGGUGAUGGCUGGAAGAGAGACAACAAGGGGGAUCUGCCUGGGAUACCGUUGGAAAGAGUCAGCCACAAAGAGUCUAAGGAAAAUUUUUGGAACCAAGGCAGAUCCAAGAUUCAGGAGGAAGACCGCACGGAAAAGAGGAAGGAUCCGUCCAGUCCUUGUCAGGAUGAGGAUAUGAUUGAGAUUCCCAUUCUGCCAGACCCACAAAUGGAAAAGAGGAAGAGUAAGUAUCUCAGCGUUCAUUGGAGAAUUGAUAUGGGUCAGCCACCAGCCGGAAGCUUUGAGUUUGGGAAUAGCUUCAGUGAGAGCAGAAACCUUCUUGAAUGUCAAGCAGAGAUGAAACCAUACCAGUGCUCCGAGUGCGGGAAGAGCUUUAGCCGGAGCACAAACCUGACUUCACAUCUGCGGAUCCACACGGGGGAGAAGCCAUACAGCUGCCCAGAUCCGGACUGCAGCAAGCGGUUUUGUAGCCAAUCAGAUCUGAUCAAGCACAAGAGGAUCCACAAAGGGGAGAAACCGUAUAAAUGCUCUCAGUGCGGAAAGAGCUUCAGCCAGGGCUCCCACCUCAUUUCGCAUCAAAGGAUCCACACCGGGGAGAAGCCCUACAAGUGCCUGGAGUGUGGGAAGUCCUUCAGCAAGAAUACAAACCUGACUUCACACCAAAGAAUCCACACGGGAGAGAAACCCUACACCUGUUCAGAGUGUGGAAAGAGCUUUACUUGGAGUUCUAACCUUACAUCCCAUCAACGAAUCCACACAGGGGAGAGACUCUAUAAAUGCUCAAACUGCAGCAAGAGCUUUUGUAACCACUCCACCCUGAUUAAGCAUAUGAGAAUCCACACAGGGGAGAAACCCUACAAAUGCUUUCUGUGUGGGAAGAGCUUCAGUCAGAGCUCCAGCCUCAUCUCCCACAAGCGAACUCACACGGGGGAGAAGCCCUACAAGUGUGCUGAGUGUGGGAAGAGCUUCAGCAAAAAAACAAAUCUCACUUUACAUCAAAGAAAUCAUCACCACUCUGGGGAGAAACCAUACAAGUGCCUGGCAUGUGGAAAGAGCUUCACCCAGAGCACAUCCCUUAUUUCGCAUCAAAGAAUACACACUGGGGAGAGGCCAUACACCUGCUUGGAGUGUGGGAAAAGCUUUAAUGAGAGCACAACUCUUAUUUCACAUAGGAGGAUCCACACAGGCGAGAGGCCAUAUAAAUGUUUGGAGUGUGGCAACAGUUUCAUUCAGAGCUCAAGCCUAACAUCUCAUCAAAGAAUCCACACAGGGGAGAAACCGUAUAUGUGCUUGGAGUGUGGGAAGAGCUUCUGCCAGAGCUCCCAACUUAUUAGGCAUCAGAGGACUCACACGACGGAGAGGCCGUACAGCUGCUCUGAUUGUAGCAAGAGCUUUGGCCACAAAUCCAGCCUUAAUAAACAUGAGAGAAUCCACACAGGAGAGAGGCCCUACACAUGCCUGGAAUGUGGAAAGAGCUUCUGUCAGAGCACACACCUGACUUCCCAUCAAAGAAUCCACACAGGAGAGAAGCCCUAUAAAUGCUCAGAUUGCAACAAGACCUUUGGUAAUCAAUCUGGUCUCAUUAAACAUCAACGAAUCCACACAGGUCAGAAACCCUAUACAUGCUCAGUGUGUGGGAAGAGCUUCAGCCAGAGCACACAUCUUAUCAGACACCACCGAAUCCACGGAGGGGGCAUCUUUCCACCUUAAACUCCCCAUACAGUUAGGUCAUCAGCAGGGGCCCCGUUCUGAAUAGUCUGGGUUUUUGAGCUCCAGAAAACCAUCUCAGGAAGGAGAGCAUUUGCCAACAGCUGUCCGUCUCUGCAGAGUUCUCUGGUUUUGUGGUUUGUUUCAGCUGAAUGGUAGCAUCAACAAUUUAAGUAUUACUUACACGAACUGUCCUGGAGUUUCACCUGCCUUAGAAGGGUGUAUAAAAGUUGGGUGUAACAUUGUUAUGGUUAGGGAGAGGGGGGAAUGACUUUCCUUGCUGGGAACUCCCCUUCAGCUGCCAUAACUCAGUACCUCCUGAGAACAUCUAGACUGACCCACUGAGAAGGUGCCCUUCCAGCUCAGUCCUAGCUAAAUAGCAAAGUAACAGGGCAGAAACCCUGGAAAAUACCUUAUAGCAAACUAGAGAGUCCAAAUGGCAUAUUGUAUUUUUUUCCUUUUAGGUUGCCAGGCAUGGUGGGGUACAGGAAAGAAAAAAGAGAUUAUAUAACACAGUUGUAUGGAUCAAAAUAUAUAUGACAAGAUAUAUAAAACAGAAAAUAUCUCUUCCCAAUGUCCCCUUCGUUAAUUUUUUAAGAUACUGACUACAAUAAUACUUGCUUAUGUGGGAUCCAUUUAAAUUCAACAUUUUAGGUUUCAAAUUUAUAUUUAAUAUUUAUAUUCAAGCCUUCAUCUAAGUCAACUGUUUAAAGUUUUAAUGUUCUUUGCUUUGGAUUUUUAAUCUAGUCCACAAUCAAAAGCAAUUGAUAAUAUAAUUUGCCACUUGAUAAUAUAAUUUUAUAUUUGGGACUGCUAACCCUCCUCUCUUCUUCUCAUCUUGACGUACUUUAAAACUUAUUCUUGGUUUCUUGCCAUUCCAAAUAAAUUUGUUUAUCUGUCUUUGCCAAUCUGUUCGUAUUCUUUCUUCUAUAUGUAUAGGUAACAUUUGAAAUUAAAAAACCACUUAAUUUUGGCAAUACAUUCAUUUUGAUUGCUGAAAUUCUCCCCAGCCCUGAAAUUUUUUUGUUUUUUUCCACUUGGAAAGAUUUGCUUGUAUCAAUUUCCAAGCCUUCUGAUAAGUUGUUUUUAAAAAGAUGAUAAUUUUCUCCAGUCACAUUUAUCCCCAAAUAUUUAAUAUUCAUUACUACUGUGCAUUUUGUACUUUUUACAAUAUCUUCUUCUUGUUACUGUAAAAAUUUUGUUAUUUUUGUCUUCUUCCUGUUAACUUAAUAUCCUGAAAGGAAUCCAAAUUCUUCAAUAUGUUCCAUUAGGUACUAUAGCGAUUUUUGUAGAUCUAAAACUAUUAUAAUCACAUCAUCUGCUUAACAUUUCAUUUUAAAUUCUGUCUCUUCCACUUUUAUUCCUUUGAUCCUUGUGUUUUGUCUUAUCUUUGUUGCUAAAGUCUCUAUCACUAAUAUAAAUAAUAAAGGUGACAGAGGA